AUGUUUGAAAAUCAGUUUAUAAGCACAAUAGAAGACGAAAUUACUAAAGAGGUUGUUGUGGGGAUUGAUGAAGCUGGAAGAGGACCAGUUAUAGGUCCUAUGGUUUAUGCUGCAUGUAUCUAUGAUCCAGAUGACAAGACAAAGUACUAUGAUUCUAAAGCAUGUACACCUGUUCAAAGAACCAAGUUAGCUGAAAAAUGUUUGAAAAAUAAUUUUGCUGUUUAUAAAAGUAUUUCACCUGUUUAUAUAACAAGUAAUAUGGAACGAAACGUAAAAAACUUAAAUGAGAUAUCAAGAGAAGCGGUUGUUGAAAUUUUACAGGAAGUUAAAAAGAAAUGUAAAAAUGUUAAGAUGGUCUACAUAGAUGGGUUGGGAGAUAACGUAAAGUAUAAAACAUAUCUUAAAAAAUUUUUUGAUUACAAUUUUACAAUCGAAAAUAAAGCAGAUAGUUUGUAUAAUUGUGUAUCUGCAGCUAGUAUAUUAGCAAAAGUAAAAAGAGAUGAAUUUUUUGUAGGAAAAAACAUAGGAAGUGGAUAUCCAUCAGAUCCAAACACGAAAAAUUGGUUAAGAAAAAAUAAAGACGUGAUAUUAGGAUUUCCUAAUUUUGUAAGGCAUAGUUGGUCAACCAUAAAAAAUCUACUUCCUCAAAGAAAAUCAACGUCUCUCAAAGGAAAAUUAAAAGGGUUCUAUUUUGAAUAA